GCCGAUUACACCUUGGACGAUUCUUUCUGGAAUGAAGAGACCCCCGCCGGCGAGGUCGAACGACUGCUACGCGAAUAUCGACAAAACCAGGAGCUAGUACGGGAUAUUGGGGCACACAACUAUCAGAUUAUUUAUCCAGUGCAGCUGAGGCAUCACGAGAAAAUGGGGAUUUCCACCCGAGAAGCCGGAUCUCCGAAGUAUCCGCAGAGAGGCGGGUAUGGAGACGGGUAUCAAUCCGCUCGCGGGAGAUCAAGAGCGGGGAAACAUUUUCAUCGAACUUCCCUCUUGAUAAAGGCCUUCAAUCACAAAUUUCGUCUAGAUUUAGAAUUAAAUACGCAACUAUUGGCGCCGAAUUUGAUGCAAAAGGACUUCCUGGGGAACGGGGUCGAGCAAAUGACAAAGCAGGAAAUCGAGCAUUGUUACUACCACGGCACGGUUAAAGAUUAUCCAGGAGCCAGCGCUGCUUUCCACACGUGCAAUGGCGUCAGCGGUGUCAUUCACCUGGGUAAUGAGACCUUCGUUAUCCAGCCGUUCUACGGAGGCGAUUUGUCGAGACAUCCUCACGUUAUAUUUGAGGCUCGAACAAAGGUUAACAAAGGCUGCGGUAAUGCUGGGGGUCUUGAACGACGUCUUGCUAAGAAUCGACGCCAGAAGCAUGUCCUCGGCCUAUCCAAGACUGUCUCAGAUCGAUACAAGCGAGAUGUUCGCGAGGCUACCAAGUACAUCGAAACUGCUAUGAUUAUCGACAAAGCUAUGUUUGACAAGAGAAACGGAAGCACUCGAUCGGAAGUAGUUCAUGACGCCAUCCAAGUUGCCAAUAUCGCUGAUUUGUACUUCCGAGGUCUCAAUACGCGAGUGUCUGUCGUCUACAUCGAGACCUGGCAGGGCGGUAACAGGGCCGCAAUCGACUCGACCAUGGAAAUUGGCCGAGCACUCCAGAACUUCAUCGACUACUUGCUCCGGAACAUGUACCUAGUGACCUCGGACACGACGCAGUUGCUUACGGGCGAGACGUUCAUAGGCGGCGAAUCGGGAAUCGCUGUGCCGGAAACUGUCUGCAGCACGAAAUCUGCUGGAAUAAGCGUAGAUUUGAAUACAUAUGAGCCACAUCUUCUUGCUGGAACUAUGGCGCACAUGAUAGGUCACAAUAUUGGCAUGGGUCACGAUGAUGGAAGAGAGAAUUGCUUUUGUCGGGACUGGCACGGGUGUAUAAUGGCCCAGUCGAUCGUCGGAGCUGAAAACGUCCAGCCGUACAAAUUCUCCGAGUGUAGCAAAUCGGAUUACGAGGAGGCUUUGAAAGCCGGACGUGGUAUCUGUCUUUUCAACAAACCGAACGAGUUGGAAAGCAGAUCAUGCGGAAACAGGGUAAUAGACGAUGGCGAGCAAUGUGAUUGCGGGACCAUCGACGAGUGUUCUAAGUAUGAUCCGUGCUGUGAUCCAAUCACAUGCAAACUAACUUCUGGAGCUCAGUGCGCCAGGGGGCCUUGUUGUACUAAUGAUUGCAAGUUACGUCAAAUCGGAUACGUCUGCCGUGAAUCGACGAACGAGUGCGACCUCCCCGAAGUCUGCACCGGCGAAUCAGGGCAAUGUCCGACGGACGUUUACAAGAAAAACGGAAAACCGUGUGCGAAUAACCGGAGCUUCUGUUUCGCGGGUUACUGUCCUGAUUUGAAUGUCCAAUGCGAAGCAGUUUGGGGCGAUGAUGUCAGCGCGGCUGACAUGCAGUGCUUCGAGCAGUUCAACUCCAAGGGAUCCAUCAAUGGACACUGUGGUACUGAUGCUGAAGGACACUUUAUCAAAUGCGAAGCCGAGAACGUCCGCUGCGGUUCGCUCCAGUGUCAGAAGGGGAGUAAACAGCCGGUGAUCGAUGGCAUGCAUGGCUCGUGGACACGAACCAUUAUAUCCACCAAGGGCACUGAGUACGAGUGCAAAGCCACCAGCAAAGUCGAGGGGAUCGACGUACCGGGAAUGGGUCUCGUACGUGAUGGUACAUCGUGCGGCGAACACUCGAUUUGCGUCAAUCAAACUUGCACCAGCUCAUUUCCACACAUCGAUUCGGGCAAGUGUCCAAGCAAUAAUGACAAUAUCGAAUGUUCCGGCAACGGCGUCUGCACCAAUCUAAACAAAUGUUACUGUAACAUCGGUUGGAGCGGUACAGAUUGUUCAAUCCAAAUGGACAUACCAACUCUAGAACCUCUGACCACAACCACCGGCGCCCCUAGCAAAGCAGCGGAUGCCGCGGGAACCAAACUCCAGAAGAAAGAGACCCCCUACGGUUUGUCUAACUCGCCGUUUCGCUCUUUAUUUUACUGGUUCACUGUGUCACGAUGCGAGAGAUAA